AUGGCUAUGGGCCACGAAAUGAACAUGGACCAGAACUUCCUGCCCGCCGAUCCCCCCCCAGUACCAGAUGUGUACCAACCGAAGAGUGAUCUCGCUACAGAGUAUUUCAACACUUUCAGCCAAAUCUGCGACAACUACCGAAGCGACUCGGACAUUAAUCUUCGCCAAACAUCAGAUACACUCCGGCUAUCGUCUGAGAUCCUCGACGGUGCGCGGGAAGAGUUCAUCAGUACCGAUUUCCUUGCGAAAAACAAGGAGUACCAGGCGGAAUAUGCGGAGAGGAUAUUUAUGAAUGGAAAGGAUGAGCAGAUAUUCCAAUUUGGGCAGCCGGAUGCAUCGGCGUUGCUCAGACACAGGGCGAGGAGACGGUACAACGAGGAGCACGGUCUACCAACGGUGAACAGCCAGGAGAGUGGGUAUGGCAGCGAUGAAUUCGGACACGAUUCCCCGAGUCGGUACGCGUCGCCCAAGGGGGCGGGCAACAGUGCUGGAUAUCAAGAGCCCUACUACGGGGGCGAGUGGGCAGCCGGGUACUACCAGCCUCCCCCACCGCCCCCCUACCACCACGAUCCAUAUGCCACGUCGCCGGGGAUAGCAGGCGCCCCUGCGGACACGAGUUCCACGGGCGGCGCGGAACUGCCCCUGCCGCCCAUGUCGUCCUUCAGGGCGGCCGCACCCGUACACUCGCCCAGCGACCCUAUGAUCGUAGCCAAGCCACCGAUGCAGCCUAUGUACGCGGGGGCGGCUAGCACACCGGGUGCAGGGGGUGAGGCAGGCAGCCUCUCUUCAUAUGGAUCGUCCCCCUCCACUCCCGUACACUCCCCACCACCACUGCACGCGCGACUCUACCCUCCCCUCAAGCACUCGCCGCACCACGCCCACCACGCACAUCAUAAUGGACAGCAAGCGAACUGGGUAUCAACGGGCGUGUCGUCACCCCCCACAGCAUCAACUCCCCACGCGCCGAUACCAGGAGCGGUAUUACCCAACGGUCAUCAACACGUAGUGUUCCCACCGGUGAUGGGCGCGCCGGCCGAGCAGAGGCAGCUCGACGAGGCGAUGGUCUUCCUUCGGGAGCACUCCGACGUUGGGGGAGCAAGGAUGGAAGAGAGACUAGAUGACGCGAUUAAUGUACUUCGUAACCACGCGGAAGCACCAGAACUUUAUCCCCAGGAUGUACACCAUCCUCACCAGCCGCCGCCAGUGAGCCGGGUGAGCGCGCCGGGUACGCUGCCUCAUCUACACGAACCGCCUGUCAAGAUGGAGAGACACCUAUUGCCUAAUACGAAGAAACGUAAAGAACCGCCCGACUCCGGCUUAGAUUCGAAGCCUUCGUCCUCCGGGUCCGCGGACGCACUCGGCAAGGGGCCCGGGAACAAGAGAUCGCGUCGAUAUCUUUUUCUAAUAUCCGUUCGAAACAGCUGUUCGUCGGCCGACGAGGACGAACUGGAUCCCGACGCGAAGGCGGCGCGCGAGAGAGAGCGCCGGCAGGCCAACAACGUGCGCGAGAGGAUAAGGAUAAGGGAUAUUAACGAGGCACUGAAGGAGCUCGGUAGGAUGUGUAUGACCCAUCUCAAGAGCGACAAGCCUCAAACGAAACUGGGCAUCCUGAACAUGGCUGUAGAGGUGAUCAUGACAUUGGAACAGCAAGUUCGAGAGCGCAACUUAAAUCCAAAGGCGGCGUGCUUGAAGAGACGCGAGGAAGAAAAGUCGGAAGACGCUCCAAAGCUACUAGCAGCGCCACUGCACCACUACCAGCCCAUGCCUGGCAUGGGACAAGUUUCGGGGCAACCCCCCUCCGGCCCUCCACAGCAAUAGCGACGCUCGAGGGCCUGCGCGCUGCCCUAGACCCCCGCCACUACCACCUACCACCACUAGGCACCACCGUACCACCACCCGUCCCUAGCCGGCACUAGGGCUCGGUGGUCGCUAGUUUAUCGCUAGUGUGUCGCUAGGUUGUCGCAUUUAUUGUGUUUAUAAAUAUGUAUGUCCAUAGUGUUUCUAUUUAAUAUAGACAGGUGCUAAAUUGGACAUAAGUAUGGCGAUUAAAUUUUAAUUUUAAAAAAUUAGUGAGUUAAUGAGAUUAUUUAUAUCGGAUCCCCCCCCCCCCCCCCAUUUUUGUUGUAAACCAAGCGACACGCGGGUGGUAUUUUUUUUACCCAGUGAGCCUUGCCUUAGGAAUUUUAAACUGCUAUCUAGGCAUAUUUUUUUUCGAAAGUGGUGUUCGAGGAUUCCCAAAGAUUUAGGAGCAGUGCGUAGUGAGAAAAACAUGAACUAUAGUAAUUAAGUGUGUAUAUUAUACUUAUAGUUUGACAAUGGACUGCGUCGCGUACGUCUCGUACGUAGGCGUGACGUCACGCCCAAAGACAAGCGAGAUAACGUGUAAAAUAGCUUAGGUAGGGUCUAGAGUAAUAAAUAUAUGAAUUAAAAAAAAAAAGAUAUUUUUAA